AGGUAGACUACAGUAAUUACUGAUCAUUGCUACUGUAUUGGUCAUUCUUCUCUUGAAGUGCUUGAAAAUGUGGAUAUGUCUCUCCAUGGGACCUUAUAUAAAGUCAUAUGCAUAAUAUGUACAGUACAAAUACUCCAUGGCAGUACUGGCCUCUUAAAUUGUUUAGUUAACCUGAUGUAGUCUGUUGUGUUAAGAUUUAGGGUUUAUUUGACUUAAACUCUUCAUUUCGGUCAACUUUGCACCAACAAACAUUAUGGGCAUCCUUGUCAUUGUAACACAGUGAAUUGUACCUCUGAAAUAGUUAUUGUAAUAGAUAAGAAAUCUGACUUAAAAAAAAAAAAAAAAAAAAAAAUCAGUACACCCAAUAUGUAUCAACUCAUAUAUUACUACCAAACAAAGCCUGUCAUUUAGGAUGAAUGUAAUGCUUCAUUGCAUGUAGGUGUUUGGUUGGAGUGUUUAGAGACCUUUCAUUGUGGAUAAAAUAUGCUGUAGUUUCCACAGCUGUGUUAUGGGGAAUUGUAAAGACCUUUUAAUUUGUCUUAAUCCUGCAUUAUAUGAAUUGUGUAAAUUGCAUUAAUAUAUUAGAAUAAAAACUGCAUCUCUUAAACUAAUACAUUAACUCAUAACAUCAUGGUCAGAUAACCAUUCAAUAUAAUACCUUAUUCCAGGUGUAAACAUCCAUCCUGUCAUUCAACUGACCUUGUGGGUUUACAGUAAUGACUCAAGUCUGUUGUUUUCAGGUUGCUAUAAUAACUAUAAAUAUCAGUACGAGUCCCAGAUUCUCGGUAAGGUGCAUGUGAUGCCACCCAGUGGUUUAGAGGUCUUAGACAGUAAGAUGGCUGCACAGAUGUGGCCAGAGCAGGGUUGGGCAUUUCUGCAGCUGCUGCUGGUGGUGUGUUUUUCACAGGCUGAUGAGCCUGUUUGCAGGCAUAGAGGAGAUUCUGAAAACCCACAACUAUCAAAGAAUGGGGACAUUAUUCUGGGAGGAAUCUUUUCUCUUCACAGUAGUUGGAAAACCAGACAAGAAAGGUACAUGCAUAAACCACUACCACUUCAGUGCACCAGUUUGAACUUCAGGGACUUCCAGUUUGCUCAGGCCAUGUUAUUUGCAAUAGAGGAGAUUAAUAACAGCACAGACCUACUGCCUGGAGUCUCCUUAGGCUAUAAGAUUUAUGAUUCCUGUGGAUCCAUUCCUAGAGGAGUGAAGGUGGCACUGGCCUUGGCUAAUGGUAAUGAAGAGGUGUUUGUGUCCUCUGAGGAACAAUGUAUUCAACGAGCUCAAGUACAGACCAUUAUGGGGGAGACAUCCUCUUCUCCUUGUAUGGCUAUAGCGACUGUCAUCGGACCUUUUCAUCUGCCUCUGAUCAGCCACUUUGCCACCUGUGCUUGUCUUAGUGAUAAAGUCAAAUACCCAUCAUUCCUCAGAACAAUACCCAGUGACUACUAUCAAAGCAGAGCCCUGGCCCAGCUGGUCAGAUACUUUGGCUGGACUUGGGUGGGAGCUGUUAGAACCAAUGAUGAUUAUGGAAAUAAUGGAAUGGCCACAUUCAUAGAAACUGCAGAGCAGCUGGGGAUCUGUCUGGAGUACUCUGUAGCUGUCUUUAGAACUGAUCCACCAGAAAAAAUAAGACAAAUUAUAGACAUAAUCAGGGAUUCCACCUCCAAAGUGAUUGUUGCUUUUGUCUCCCACAUGGAUAUGGAUGUAUUAAUCCAUCAGCUGUCGUAUCACAACAUGACUGGAUACCAGUGGGUAGGAAGUGAAGGGUGGAUAUUUGAUUCCAAAACUGCUGCUAUGGACACUCAUCAUAUUCUGGAUGGAGCUAUAGGUCUGUCCAUCCCUGAAGCAUAUGUCAGUGGAAUGAAAGAGUUCAUGUUGGAUGUAAAGCCACUCAAUUCUUCUGGAAAUGAAUUAUUUACAGAAUUCUGGGAAGGACUAUUCAACUGUAAAUUUAACCAGAGCAAUUUAUCAGUUGGUAAUGAGAAAGUAUGUACUGGAGAUGAAGAUAUAACUGAAAUACACAACAGUUUCACUGAUAUGUCACUCAUGCCCAUCUUUAACAAUGUCUAUAAAGGAGUGUAUGCUGUGGCCCAUGCACUGCAUAAUAUACUUGGCUGUAAUGAAACAUGUGACAGCAAAAGACCAUUAGAUCCAUUAAGAAUUUUACAACAAAUUAGACAAAUUAAUUUCAAAACAAAGGAAGGAGAUGAGGUUUACUUUAAUGAGAAUGGAGACCCUGCAGCAAAGUAUGAAAUAAUUAACUGGCAGCCCACACAAAAUGGUAUUGUGGACUUUGUCACAGUUGGUCUAUAUGAUGCCUCUUUACUUGCAGACAGACAGCUGAUUCUAGAAAACAAAACUUUAAUUUGGGCACAAAACUCUAUGCAGGUUCCUCUGUCAGUUUGCAGUGAGGAAUGUCCCCUAGGAACUCGCAAGGUUCUCCAGAAAGGAAAGCCUGUCUGCUGUUAUGACUGUAUACGCUGUGCAGAAGGAGAAUUCAGCAACAUUACAGAUUCUAUCACCUGUGAACGAUGCCCUUCUGAAUUCUGGUCUAAUGAGAAAAGAGAUGCCUGUGUGAAGAAGGAGACAGAGUUUCUGUCUUAUGAGGAAAUUAUGGGAUCCCUGCUCACUGGAGCAUCUUUAUUUGGAACAUGCAUGACUUGUCUUGUGGCAUGCAUUUUCUUCAGAUACAGGAAAACUCCUAUUGUCAGGGCCAACAACGCUGAGCUGAGUUUCCUGCUGCUCUUCUCUUUAACCCUGUGUUUCCUGUGUUCUCUGACCUUCAUUGGCCAACCAUCUCAGUGGUCCUGCAUGCUCCGCCACACAGCUUUCGGCAUCACCUUCGUCCUCUGCAUCUCUUGUGUUCUUGGUAAAACUAUAGUGGUGUUAAUGGCCUUCAGGGCUACACUUCCAGGCAGUAAUGUGAUGAAAUGGUUUGGGCCUGUUCAACAGAGACUCAGUGUUGUGGGAUUUACUCUUAUACAGGUGUUGAUAUGUAUCCUCUGGUUAACCAUUUCUCCUCCAUUUGCUUUUAAAAAUUUCAAGCAAUUUAACAACAAAAUCAUCAUCGAGUGUGCUCUGGGCUCUGCUAUAGGCUUCUGGGCUGUACUCGGGUACAUUGGACUUUUAGCUUUGUUAUGUUUCGUUCUUGCUUUUCUGGCUCGGAAGCUGCCUGAUAACUUCAAUGAAGCCAAAUUUAUAACCUUCAGCAUGUUGAUAUUCUGUGCAGUCUGGAUCACUUUUAUCCCAGCUUAUGUCAGCUCUCCAGGGAAGUUCAGUGUUGCAGUGGAAAUAUUUGCUAUUCUGGCCUCUAGUUUUGGACUUCUCAUUUGUAUUUUUGUCCCAAAAUGUUACAUAAUUUUAUUAAAACCAGAGAGGAAUACAAAAAAGAACAUGAUGGGUAAAGGUCCAACAAAAACAACAUGAAGGUCAUUGACAAAGACAAUGUUUUAUGCUGUUGUAGUACUACCUUAGGUAAUAAUCAUAUUUUUGCUCUGUGAUCUCUGUCAUCUUCUGCUGUACCACAAUGGGAUGCAGCACCUGUCCUCACAUGAGUAAAAGUAUACUUUACAUGUACUUUUGAAACCUGUAAAUAUCUCAGAGUUUGUCAAGGUCUUCCCAGCCUGGAGGCCCAUUCAUACAACACAGCAUCCAGUCCCAAACACUGGGUCACAUUUUGGAUGCAGAGAAGGGUGUCUGAGUUGCAAAAUAUAUUUGCAUUUCAAACAAUUUAAACAAGACAGGAAAAAAAUAUAAUGUGAUUGUGUUUUGUGUAUGUUGUUUUACUAAUAAGGAAAUAAAACAA